AUGUCUCGACUCCACCGGGCCAAGAGGUCCUUGUCCAGCGCGGCCUUGUUGGAGGUCGCCGAGAGCUUCAAGUCCAAAGGAAUCGGUCUUGGGCCGUGCACUGGUGGUGCAUUUGAGUGCAGCUUUUGUGUCAGCGGGCAGUGCGUCGGGGGUGGUGGUCUUGCCUUUGAUCACCUCGGGGCACUGACGUCGAUCAUGAAGGGGGCCUUCAGUUGCGUGACCGGCGAGUGCUCCGUAUGCUUCGGAGUGAAACCUGGCGAUGCUCUCUCGUUCAUUUUGAGCUUUGGGGUGUCCGUGGAGACCUGCAACAACAAGGCGUCCAUGUUCACAAGCUUUCACAUUUGGGCCUCGGUCACCUUGUGCAUCGGCGGCGUGCUCGGGAAGAUUGCUGAUGCCAUUGGCUGGAGCGCAUGUGCCGGCAUAGCGCAUGUGGCCUACUACCCCUUCAUCAACAAGAUGACGAUCACCCUGAGCCUUCCGAUCUUCAUCCCACCUCCUUUGGGCGUCCAAGCACCUUUGGAGGUGAACUUGAAUCUCGGGGACCUCACCCCAGCUGUCUACAGCCACUGUGGAAAAAAGGGCCACGGAGAGUACAACUGCCUUCAAAGUAUGUUCAAUGCCCGGGGGCCCACCGGUGUCGCCGUUGGGGUGGAUGUGCUUUUAGGCGCCCAAGUCCCGGUGUUGGGCUCAGUCGGCAAGUGGGUUCGUAUCCUUGGCUUCGAGAUGGCAGAGAAGGACAACUCUCGCGAGCUGGCCAUGAACAAGGCCGGGGUCACCAUCGAGUACAUUGGGAAGAACCCUGGUGGUGGAGAAUACUGUGGCAAGACCUUCUCCAACGUGAACUGUUGGAAGAAGGCUGGGGACAAAGGAUACCGAGCCAACGCACAUGACCAGCAUGGAGAUCGCUUCCACGUCUACCGGAAUCCCAAUGAUAAGAACGAUCCCAGAGCCUUGUGCGUGAGGCGCGUUGAUAAGUGGAAUGGCGGAUGGGGCAUGGAGUUGGAGUUGGCGUGCAAGGUGAACAACAAUCAGGGUGGAGGAGGCGGAACUUUGGUCCCACUGGGCAUGACCCACCACAACAAGAAAUGCGUUUUGCCACCUGAGCCAGUUCACUGCCCCUGGUGGGCAGGUAACAAAGGCCACCGCCUUGGCUUUGAUGGGCAUGAUGCCGGCUUCAAGAUCACCGAAGAGGGUGGCCGCAUUUGUGGUCACUUGGAGCACCGCCGGCGCCGGCGCCGCCGUCACCGAAGGCGCCGCCGCAACUCAAACGGAUGGGGCAUGAACCUUGUGCUUGAAUGCGACUCAAAGGGCCACAACAUCAACUAUGUUGUCCAAGACAUCAACUUCGGCAAGUCCCGUACCAAUACGAAAUGCGUUUUGCCCACUCACCGUGUGGAGUGCGAGUCGGAUGCAGGCAAUGGUCACAAGCGCGCAAACAAUCACAAGAACGGCGACACCUUCUACAUCUGGAACUCUCACACCGGCCACCUGUGCGUAAGACGGACGGAUGCCCGGGCCCUCAACAGGAGACCCAGCGCAACCGAGGACAAAAGGGGCGGCUGGGGCAUGGACUUGAGAGUUCAGUGCAAGCAAUAUGAACAGCUCUGGGGCAAGACCAAGGUGACGAUCGGCAGAAGCCACCACAACGAGAAGUGCGUUCGCCAGUCGCAGAAAGGCCUUCGCUGCGCCGAUGUAGCAGGCAACAGGGAGUACCGGAGCAUGAACACCGACAAGGGUGAUGCCUUCUACAUUGAGCAGCGUAACGGGCAUGUGUGCGCUCGGCGCACGGAUAGUCGUCGGGGCUGGGGAAUGAACCUUGGAUGA